AUGCAGCGACGGCGGCGCCCUCCGCCGCCCGCUUCUCAGCUGCCCGAGGGCUGCGGGGGAGGCGGCGGCGGCCGCGGCGGGAGCGAGGAGGUGGAAGUGCAGUUCUCCGCCGGGCGUUUGGCCUCAGCCGCGGCGGUUUCGGCGGCGGCGGCGGCCGCGCGCAGCACCGAGGAGGAGGAGGAGCGGCUCGAGCGCGAGCACUUCUGGAAGAUCAUUAAUGCCUUCCGCUACUACGGCACCAGUAUGCAUGAGCGAGUGAACCGAACAGAAAGACAAUUUCGAUCACUUCCAGAUAACCAACAGAAACUACUUCCUCAGUUUCUUCUUCACUUGGACAAGAUUCGGAAAUGCAUUGAUCAUAAUCAAGAAAUACUACUGACCAUUGUGAAUGAUUGCAUACAUAUGUUUGAAAAUAAAGAAUAUGGAGAAGAUGGGAAUGGAAAGAUUAUGCCAGCAUCUACAUUUGACAUGGAUAAAUUAAAAUCCACACUGAAACAGUUUGUGAGAGACUGGAGUGAAACCGGGAAAGCAGAAAGGGAAGCCUGCUACCAGCCAAUCAUUAAAGAAAUUUUAAAAAAUUUUCCAAAAGAGAGAUGGGAUCCUUCUAAAGUAAAUAUUCUGGUACCUGGUGCUGGACUAGGAAGACUGGCCUGGGAGAUAGCUAUGCUAGGUUAUGCUUGUCAAGGAAAUGAAUGGAGUUUUUUUAUGCUCUUUUCUUCCAACUUUGUACUCAACAGAUGUUCUGAAGUUAAUAAAUAUAAGCUUUAUCCUUGGAUUCAUCAGUUUAGCAAUAACCGGAGGUCAGCGGAUCAGAUUCGACCCAUCUUUUUCCCUGAUGUUGAUCCCCACAGUCUUCCUCCCGGUUCUAACUUUUCGAUGACAGCAGGAGAUUUUCAGGAGAUUUACUCAGAAUGCAAUACCUGGGACUGCAUUGCUACCUGUUUCUUCAUAGACACAGCUCACAAUGUAAUCGAUUAUAUUGACACAAUAUGGAAAAUACUCAAGCCAGGUGGAAUUUGGAUAAAUCUAGGUCCUCUGCUGUACCACUUUGAAAAUUUGGCAAACGAACUUUCCAUAGAAUUGAGCUAUGAAGAUAUAAAAAACGUUGUUCUGCAGUAUGGAUUCCAGGUGGAGGUUGAAAAGGAAUCUGUCUUGUCAACAUAUACUGUGAAUGACCUCUCCAUGAUGAAAUACUACUAUGAAUGUGUCUUGUUUGUGGUCCGUAAACCACAGUAA